AUGAUUGGUAUGGACGAAGUCAGUUCGCAAGCUAGUCAGAUCAGUGAUCAGAAUGCGAAUGGUAAAAGAGGCAAAAAAUUGACACCCACGAGGUUCGAACUCGUGCCUCCGAAGAGACCAGGAAUGUAUGGUAAGGUAACCUUACCCUGGCGCCUUAGACCACUCGGCCAGAGUGCCAAUUCGUGCUGGUGA